AUGGGUAUUCUUGAGCAGAAUCCUUAUACCAAAGUUUUUAUGUCUUUAAGAGAGCUUCCUAAUCUAGAUAACCAUAGCAUAUUUCUUAAUUCCAACCCGGGCCUUGACCAGCGGUUAUAUAAUAUGCCGACGGCCUCAGAAGUCGCUGCAAUAUGGAUAGAGCAUGAUAGUGAAACCUUAGAGAAGGGCACCAACAUACAGGUUUAUAGUCAUGCAAAUACAAGCCAUAGAAUCCAACACUAUUUUGCAUGCUACGACUCUUUGCAGUACCCACUAUUGUUUCCCAGAGGUGAAUCUGGUUGGCACUACGGCAUUCCAAGAAACACUACUGCUAAUAAAAGAAAAAGGGAAGAAACUGAUGAUCACAGCCUUGUUGCUUUACCUAGGAUAGGAAAUGCUAUUGAUCUUAUUCAAAAGGAAAAUAAAGGUUGUCUUUUCAAUAUCAGAGAUGAUGACACCUCAAUGCUCUUGCACACAAGGAGACUAUUGCAGCAAUUCUCUGUGGAUAUUUAUGUUAAGAUCGAGACUUCGAGGCUUGAAUUCCAUAGGAAAAAACAAAAAGAAAUCAGAACUGAGAUUCUUAAAGGUGUAACAGAUAGCAUCUCUUCUGGUCAGACUAACGGCGGUAAAGUUGGGCGCCGUGUUUAUCUUCCAUCUUCCUUUAUUGGUGGUCCAAGAGACAUGAGACGGAGGUAUAUAGAUGCUAUGUCUUUGGUCCAGAGAUUUGGUAAGCCUGACAUAUUCAUUACCAUGACUUGCAAUAGGAUGUGGAAAGAAAUACAGGAUAACCUAAAGUAUGGAGAAGAGGCUCAAGAUAGACCUGAUUUAGUUUCAAGAGUGUUUAGAGCAAAGCUGGAAUUAUUAAAAACUGAAGUUACAAAAAAAAAAGAUAUUCGGUGA